AUGGAGAACAAUUUCAAUACUGAGUCAUCAUCAUCCUUUGCUCUUCAAAGUUCUUCAGAAACAUUAUUUUCUAUUCAGUUAUUAGAUUUCAAAACAAGUUUACUGGAAGCCUUAGAAGAAUUGCGUAUGAGAAGGGAAGCAGAAACUCAAUAUGAAGAGCACAUUGGUAAAAUUAUUGUGGAGAUUCAAGAGCUUAAAUGGCAAAAGGAAACUCUUCAAAAUCAAAAGGAAACAUUAGCAAAGCAACACAAAGAAGCAAUGGCAGUUUUUAAAAAGCAGUUACAAAUGAAGAUGUGUGCCUUAGAAGAAGAAAAGGGAAAAUAUCAACUUGCUACAGAAAUAAAAGAGAAAGAAAUAGAAGGAUUGAAGGAAACAUUAAAAGCAUUACAGGUUUCUAAAUAUUCUUUACAGAAGAAAUUGAGUGAAAUGGAGCAAAAGGUUCAGUUACAUUUUCUGGCUAAAGAAGACCAUCAUAAGCAACUGAAUGAAAUUGAGAAAUACUAUGCCACCAUAACAGGUCAAUUUGGAUUGGUAAAAGAGAAUCACGAAAAGUUAGAACAAAAUGUACAGGAAGCAAUACAGUUAAACAAAAGAUUGUCAGCUUUAAAUAAAAAACAAGAAUCUGAAAUAUGCAGUUUAAAGAAGGAACUAAAAAAACUAACCUCGGACUUGAUAAAGUCCAAGGUCACAUGUCAGUAUAAAAUGGGAGAAGAAAACAUCAAUCUCACAAUUAAAGAACAGAAAUUUCAAGAACUUCAAGAAAGACUCAAUAUGGAAUUGGAAUUAAAUAAGAAGAUUAAUGAAGAGAAUGCCCACAUUCAGGAAGAAAGGCAGAAUGUCAUCAUUUCUUUUCAACAUAUGCAGCAGUUACUUCAGCAACAGACUCAAGCUAAUACUGAAAUGAAGGCAGAGUUGAAGGUGCUAAAAGAAAAUAAUCAGACCCUUGAAAGAGAUAAUGAGCUGCAAAGGGAGAAGGUAAGAGAAAAUGAAGAAAAGUUCCUUAUUCUUCAAAAUGAGCAUGAGAAAGCACUAGGAACCUGGAGAAAACAUGUUGAAGAACUUAAUGGAGAAAUGAAUGAGAUUAAAAAUGAAUUAUCAUCACUUAAAGAAACUCAUAUUAAGUUACAAGAACAUUAUAACCAAAUAUGUGAUCAGAAGAAGUUUGAGGAAGACAAGAAGUUUCAGAAUGUUCCAGAAAUAAAUAAUGAAAACAGUGGAAUGUCAGCUGAAAAAUCAGAAAACACCAUCAUACAGAAAUAUAAUUCUGGGCAAGAAAUAAGGGAAGAAAAUAGUGUGAGUUUUUGUUCAGAUACUGAAUACACAGAAAGGGAAGAAAAGAAAGAAGGCCUGCCUAAAGGAGAAAUCAUUAUAGAAGAUUUACAGCUUCUUGAAAAAUGCUGCAAGAAUGAAAUGGAUACUACUGUACCACAGGAUGAAAAUCGAAGUGAAAUCUCCCUAAGCAAAAUACUCUGCAUAGAUAAAGAAUUAAUUAGCCAAGGACAAACCUUGAAUGUUACUGACCUUAGAAAAUCAGUUCCCACAGAAAUAAAAGACAAGGUGUGCUUGGAAAAAGACAAUGGAUGUACAGAGUUUAAAUCACCAACUAGUCUUUUUUUAGUGGCCAAUACAUCAAUAGAAACAAAAAUGAUACACCUAGAAAGUAUGGAUGCAUUAGAUUGUCACCAUCCUGAUGUACAUAUGGAGGCUGAAAACAACAGAACAUCAUGUGACAGUAUUUUAAAUGAGACGGUUCCCAAUACAAAUCAUAAUAAAGAUGUUUCUGAAAACGAACCAUUCAAACAGCAAUUCAGAAUGCUUUCCUGCACUCAAGAAAGCUCUGCUGAGAGGGAAAUGAAAAAUACUGACCAAACCAAGGCAGAGCUGGAUUCACCUCUAGAUGUAAAAGAGAAUCCUGUUCAGUGGGAGAAAUGUAGUUUACAGGAUUCAAGUAGCAUUAUGUUAGAUAAUAAACAAUGUAAAACAAAACAAAUACAACUGUUAAAUAAAAAAAGUGAGUGCAGCAUAUUGCCACUUAAACAAACUUCAGAUUUUCAGCAAGUCUGUAAUGAUACUUUAGAAAAAGUUGAACUAAAUAUUCCCUGUGAUACAGCAAGCAAUUACCCCAUUUCAUCUGCUCCUUUCAGCGAUAAUUUGAGACUUCUUGAAAAUUCAGAUAAAAAUGUUAAUAUUGUACCUAUGUUGGUGAAACCCAGCUCAAGCCCUGGGAAAAGAACUGUAUGGGAAAAUCUAAAUGAGAUGCAACGCAGUCAAUUUAAGGACUGUUUGGAAUGUCUAGAAAAUAAUAACAUGACUAUUCCCCAUCUUCAUAUUGACAAUGAAAAUACACAUGCUUCACAAGCCGAAGAUAUGAAAACUGCUGUUCAAAGGAAAACCUCCACAGAAAUACAGUUUUCCAGUAAAGAUGGUCAGAUUGAUGAGAAUCAGAUAACUGAAGCCACAAAAAAUGACCUCUUCCUUUUUGUGAAUGUUAAUGAAAGACAGCAUUCAUUAAGUAAUACAGAGAAAACAGAGUCAUUAAAUGACAUCGUUUCAGAAAAAAUUUACAUUGAAGGACAGCUGGAAGAGUCAUGUUCAUUUCACAUAAAGCCAUCUGGAGAUUUAGUAAACACAAGUGGAAGGUCAGCCUUUGAUCUUUCAACUUCAGAUAAAAAAACUGAGAAAACUCCAGUAUACUUGAAUUUUUUAGACCCUGGUACUUGGUCAAAAGUAAAUCAAACUGAAAGUCAAACAGUGAGCACUUCAGCUUCUAGCAUUCUUUCCUUGCUGAAGGAAAGACCAAUACGUCCAUCUGACAACAGAAAGAUUGUUUCAAUGACACUUGGUAAAAAUAUUGGUGUGGAUGAAGUCAGGAAGGAUGUUGGACCAGAUACUACCAGCAUUAACAGAGUUGCUGACACUUUGAAUAACUCGAGUAUCCAUCCAGAUCCCAAGGGAGAGCCCAGUGAAGAGAGGAAUGCAAUUGCAAAGACCUUUUAUGAUUCUUCUUUUCCCACAGAACACGUGAAAACAAAGCCUCUGAAAUCAACUCUGCUACGAAGCCCUUUGCAGGGAAUCAAGAUUAAAGAUACUACUGAUUUGGCUGCCUCUUUCACUGGUGAAGAUGACUGGCAAAGCCUUGUAACAAAUCAAAUAAAUGAAAUCGAAACGUUCCUAAGCUUAGAAAGGGACAACCAACCUAGAAAAAGAAAAGCAGAAGAAAUGCUAGAAAAAACAGAUUGAAGUAACGUUGAUAAAUGCUUUCACUGAUGUACUGAUUUAAUUGAAAUACUGAUGGAGAUUCGACUAGAAUGAAAUGACCAUUACAUCUGAAGUCUUAAAAUUGUCCUUUCCCAACCUCUUAUGGUAUGAUUAAAUUAUAUUAUUACUUGCUAUCUACUCUGCAAAUGCUUCGUUUAAGAUAGCAAUUCUUACUUGCAGUUUGCUCUUAGCAUCCAACUCCCCUUAAUGACUUAGAAAUUCUUAAACUUUUUGUUUGCCAUCCAUAUAGCCUCUCUUCACAGCUUGUGUGUUCCUUCAAAAUCCUUA